AUGGCUACCACUCUCCAAAACAUGAGGAAAGAACCGGAUUCCGAGAAGCCGGUGGCGUUCAUCGACUCAACAGAAUUGACCAAGUGGUCGUUCUACAGAGCUCUCGUUGCUGAGUUCGUCGCCACCCUUCUCUUCCUUUACAUUACCAUCUUGACUGUUAUUGGUUACAAGAGUCAGACAGACAAAGAUAAGCCGGGAACUGACGCUUGCGGCGGCGUCGGAAUCCUUGGUAUUGCUUGGGCCUUUGGUGGCAUGAUCUUCAUUCUCGUUUACUGCACCGCCGGUAUCUCCGGUGGUCACAUUAACCCAGCUGUGACCUUCGGUAUGUUUCUGGGUCGCAAGAUCUCAUUGUUCGGAGCCAUCUUGUACAUGGUGGCUCAGUGCUUAGGAGGCAUAUGUGGUGCGGGAUUAGUCAAGGCUUUCCACAAGACUAACUACAACAAGUAUGGCGGUGGUGCUAACGAGCUAGCUGAAGGCUACAACAAAGGCACUGGGUUGGGUGCUGAGAUCAUCGGCACUUUCGUUCUCGUCUACACCGUCUUCUCUGCCACCGAUCCCGAGAGGAAAGCCCGAGACGCCCAUAUUCCGGUGUUAGCACCUCUAGCCAUUGGGUUUGCUGUGUUCAUGGUUCACUUAGCCACGAUUCCCAUCACCGGAACUAGUAUCAAUCCGGCGAGGAGUUUUGGAACGGCGGUCAUUUACAACAAGGAGAAAGCUUGGGAUGAUCAAUGGAUAUUCUGGGUCGGACCCUUCAUCGGUGCAGCCAUUGCAGCCUUCUAUCACGAAUUCGUUUUGAAAGCUGGUGCAGUGAGAUCUACUAGAAGCAGUACCAAUGUUUGAGAUUUGGAGGGAAAACCCUCGUUUCAUUUUAAUUUCAUGAAAAAUUGUAUUUAAAAUGUUUGUAUGUGUGUGAAAGUAUGUGAGCUUUAGGUCUUGGAAUCUGUUCAAGACCGAUGGCAGCCAUGGAAAUGUAAAUGCUUUUUAGAGGGGGUUUGUAUCCCUCAUGUUAUUUUUCGCUUAAAGCUUUGAACCUAUAC